CCAAACCUAUUUAUAUUGCGUUCCUCUCCUCCAUUUCUGUCCCGCAAACCCCCGAUCUCCAAUUCUCCAUCUCCGUUCUCAGGCGAUUUUCGCCGCUCUCUCACUUUACACCACCUCUUAAUCUCCCCGUUCAUCUCAUAUCCCUAACCAAUUAUCAUCUGAAAUCAAAUACCAACAAGUAUCCUUACUCGUUAGGGUUUUUCUGUUAGCCGGGGUUUCCAAAAAAAAUGGGAAGUUCGUCGACGAGCAGUGUAUACAUCCAAGUCAUCGAAGACGUCAUCACCAAAGUCCGGGAAGAAUUCAUCACCAAUGGUGGUCCGGGUGAAGGCGUUCUCAACGAACUUCAAGGAAUUUGGGAGUUGAAGAUGAUGCAAGCUGGUGCCGUAUUUGGCCCCAACGACAGAUCUUCAUCGGCAAAGUUGCCGGCCCUUGGAGCUCCGGCCAACACUGUUCGUGAUCUAAAUGUGCCCUAUGAAGGACCUGAAGAAUUCGAGACACCUACAGCUGAUUUACUUUUCCCUCCGGUGAGUUAUAUAAGCUGUCUGUUUAAAUAUGUAAUUUUAAAUUUUAAAUUACAACUUACAUCCAGAUCUUUAUCUGUACAGACACCACUACAGACUCCAAUUCAGACACCAUUACCAGGGAGAAUCGAUCAUUCAUACAAUAUACCUACUGCUUCUACUCCCAUAACCCCAAAUAAUCAUCCUCCUGUAGAAGAAAAUGAUCAAUCUGGGAGGCCUAGCCAAUUCAUGCAGCCACCUUCUUCUUGGUUGAACCAAAGACCACGUCUUGAUGUUAAUGUUGUUUAUGAGGAAGGUGAUAGAGAAACAGCCCAUCAAAACAUGACUCAGGAUUUUCUGCAGUUGACUUCUGGGAAGCGAAAGCGAGAAGAGUUUCCUUCACAAUAUCGUCCAAGUGGAUAUAUUCCACAACAAGAUGGAUCUGGAGAUGUUGUAGCUGAUGAAUUUGAGAUAUACAACUACCAAGGGGUUGUGAAUGAAGACUACAAUGUUGCUAAUACACCUGCUCCACCUGAACUACAAGGGCAAACUCCCAGCUUGGUCAAUCAGAAUGAUGCUUUAGAUGAUGAUGAAGAUGAAGCUUUGAAUGAAAAUGAUGAUGAUCUGGAUGAUGUUGACGAUGACAAUGAUGAUGAUGAGGAAGUAAAUACACAAAAUUUAGUUUUGGCCCAGUUUGACAAGGUGACUCGUGCAAAGAAUAGGUGGAAGUGCACUCUAAAGGAUGGCGUUAUGCACAUAAACAACAGAGACAUUUUGUUCAAUAAGGCUUCAGGAGAGUUUGAUUUCUGAUUAUUUUGUCCAAACAAAAUGAUCACAUUUUGAAGACGGGGUUAAUCUAGAGCAAUCAUGCAAACAUACCAAAUUUUGUAAUUCCAUGUAGUAAAGAUUGUAAGCAUGUCUUUGGAUAGGUUAUUUUUUAAAAAGCAAAACUAGAAUUCAUGUAAUUCUUGAUGCUUAUGAGGGAGGGAUGCUUGUUGUACAUAAAGUGGGGAAGCUUCAUGCUGUUGGCUCUAGCAUGACAAAAGAAUAUUAGUUUAAUAUUAUCAUUCGUAUCAUCCA